AUGAACGUCAACGGCCAUGACAGACUGUCGUCACGCGUUCUGCCGCCCGCCACCCAGCGGCCUCAAACCCAACGCGACGGGGAUGCCCGAUCGCCCAGUCUGGCCAACACUCCGAACAUCAAGCAAGUCUCUCACAACCGUUCGUCGAGUAAUCCUCUGCCUAAGUUGUUUAGCCGCAAAAAAAGCAAUCGAGACCUGAGGUUCGAAGAGACAGAGGCCCAUUUUGAGGACGAUUUGCUACCAGAUGUCGACGAUCACACACCGUAUAGUAGUCGCAAGACCAAGCCCGACGGGGAUGACAAGAUUCCCAGACGAUGCAUGUGCUGCAAUAGCCGUGUGAAGGUGCCCAGCGGUCUAUCAAAGUUUCGAUGCAUGUGUUGUCUGACCGUCAAUGACCUGGUUCCGUAUGAAGAUCAGCCCGACGGUCGGCAACGUAAACAUGUGCCUGGACGCUCCGACGCAAAGUCCUCUGUGACUGGACCACCAGCAGUGAUUUCCCUCGAACGGACACGUUCGAUUAUCGAUCACUGUGUAGUCGCAUAUUUGAAGGCUCGAUGCCGUCCGCAAGGGGAUACUGUUCCUGAUACGCGACGUGCUGCAUCUCCAAGAAGAGACACGGUUGGGCUGAGUCUUCGACACCCCAACAAGCCUCACGACGCGUCCUUGCAUGAUGGCAGCAAUGUUUCCACACCUGAUUCUCUUCCAACUGAAUACCUGGAACGCAGCGCACCGGACCAUGCACUAUUGACAAUCACUACCGACGAAGAACAGAGAGGCGACAGCUCGCCUGCGCAAGAACUUGCUACAACACCCAUGCAAUCCCCCCGUAGACCAUACGCCGAGGUUUCUGAUGAUCGAAACCAAUAUGAUCGGGUCAAAACCAUUUUCAAACCUCUGGAAGACUACUUGGUCGCUACCUUCGGAGAAUAUCAAUGCUUGAAUAAGUCGUUCCAUACCCAUCGACCUGCAUUUAUUGGCCGCACACGUAGCGAAAGCAACAUUCCCAAGCCGCCUCCAGCCCCCGUCCCUGAGGUGAAACACUCUCUGACGGGUGGCUUGUCAGAACUUGAUGCCAAGACUCUCUUGCUAGGAGAUAUCGGAGAGAAUGGCAGUUGGUGGACAGGACGGACAGAACGCCGACGUCAUGAAGGGGAAUCAAAUUCAAGAAGAUCCGGCGAUCAUGCACGAAGAGCAGUUUCGUCCAGAUCGCCUAACAUCAAUUGGCAGGAGCUGAAUGCAUGGUACGGUCUGAUCCACGCUGCUGGAAUGUCAUGGCGCACCAAAGUCGACGGCAUCGGUGCCGAGUUCCCAGGCUCAUCCAAGACUGGACUGGAUGGCGAGCAGAAUGCCAACGAAAUUGACCAAGAUCUCUUGGCAGCUAAAGAGCACACACUGCGCGCACUACUGAAAAUCACGGAGAACAUUCUGAAGAGGCCCUCUCGCCCAAUGAAGGAAGCUGAGGAGACAAGAUUCUUGUUCAUCCUGCUUUCCAAUCCCUCCUUGCAUCAGUCGCAGCACCGCGUGAACAGUCCUCUCUCGCCUUACGACAGUCGCCCCAAGCGGCAAUCUGAUGAAGGACAGCACGGCUCCGACAACCUCAAAUAUCCUAACAAGACGCCGGGUCGAUCCAAGGGCUUAGAAACCCUUCCACAUAGCGGGAUAUUCAAGCGGACCUUUGGUAUUUUGGCCAACGCACCAGAAAUCUGCCACAGAUACUUCAUAGGGUGGUUUGCGUAUCUUGAGGAGCCUCAUUUAGUCAAGAUUGUCGACCUGGUCGCGCUUUUUGUAACACAUCGUAUAUCUCAUGGAAGUAGAAUGGCGCAUCGUGGAAGCAGCAUCGAUGAUGGUGGGCUCAUCCCAGAUCUUUCUGGCUCUGCAUCAAACACGUCUGCUCAAUUGCUCACCGCCAUGGGCCUCAGCGGACCAAUGUCGAAGAAACGUGGCGAGAACGGGGAGCAAGAACCUCACUGGGCCGACGACUGGCAACUCAAAGCCGCAGCAAAAGUCAUGUCUCUUCUAUUUGCAGCAAACAAUAUUUGGCACGACCAACCUCGCGGUAUGUCAAACCGCUCCGAGCCGAAUGCAUCUAAAUCCACCGCGCAUUCGGCUGGCCGAGGGCGCAAGAGCGGACAGCUUCUGCACACCUCAACAUUUUACAACACAUUGCUGGACUUUUACGACAUGAUUGCCGAUUACAGAAUCUGGGAAGCCAAGCGGGACAAGUUUGCUUUUUGUCAAUACCCUUUGUUUCUUUCUAUGGGCACCAAGAUCAAAAUUCUGGAGUAUGACGCUCGUCGUCAAAUGGAGAUAAAAGCUCGCGAGGCGUACUUCGACCAGGUUGUGCGGCAGCGAGUUAUGGAUGGCCACUUCCACCUCCGCAUACGCAGAGAGUGUAUUGUGGACGAUAGCCUGCGACAAAUUAGCGAGGCUGUGGGCGCGGGCCAGGAGGAAUUGAAGAAGGGACUCCGCGUGCACUUCACUGGCGAAGAGGGUGUCGAUGCUGGCGGACCUCGCAAGGAGUGGUUUCUCAUGCUGGUGCGCGACAUAUUCGACCCAAACCACGGCAUGUUCAUCUACGACGAGGACUCUAACGUAUGCUACUUUAAUUCCAACUCCUUCGAGACUUCGGACCAGUACUACCUUGUGGGUGCUCUACUCGGACUCGCGAUAUACAACAGCACCAUCCUCGAUGUUGCUCUUCCGUCCUUUGUGUUUCGCAAACUACUUUCAGCAGCUCCGAUGGCGAAUAAUUCGGCAUUGACAUCUCCGAUCAUGGCGGCUACCAAGGUUCAGAUGGUUUACACGUUGGCUGACCUCGCCGAAUUUCGACCCAUGUUGGCGGCAGGACUGCAACAGCUCCUGAAUUUCGAAGGCGACGUCGAAUCCACGUACUGCUGGGAUUUCGUGGCGUCUCGAGACCGUUUUGGAACGGUCGUGACGGUGCCGCUCAAGCCGAAUGGAGAAAACAUACCCGUGACCAACGCCAAUCGCCAUGAGUUUGUCGACACGUACGUGCGAUAUCUACUCGACGGCGCAGUUGCACGGCAAUUCGAGCCUUUCAAGCGCGGUUUCUUCACAGUGUGCGCUGGCAACGCCCUCUCGCUCUUCCGUGCAGAGGAGAUCGAGAUGCUCGUGCGCGGGAGUGAGGAAAUGCUGGACGUAGACUUGCUUCGUGGCGUCGCGAUCCAUGAAAACUGGAAGGAACCUGAUGAGCCACAUCGGAUUAUCGCAGAUCCUGCGGAGAGCGUACCGGUCGUCAUGUGGUUCUGGGAAAUCUUCCGUGAGGCGUCGUCGGAGAAGCAAAGGCUGCUGCUGACAUUCGUCACUGGGAGUGACCGGAUUCCGGCCUUGGGUGCCACGAGUCUGGUCUUGCGCAUUGUUGCUGGGGGUGAUGGAUGGGGAGGUGGUGGCGAAGAGGCGCGUAUGCGGUUCCCCAUUGCUCGGACUUGUUUCAACAUGCUCGUACUGUGGCAUUACGAGCGGCGUGAGCAAUUGGAAGAGAAGCUGUGGAGAGCUAUCGACGAGAGCGAAGGGUUCACCUUAAAAUAG